AUGCAUAUCCUCGUCACCAACGACGACGGCCCCCCCUCGGCACAGUCGUCGCCGUACGUCCACUCCCUCAUCCAUCAUCUGCAAGCCGCGGGCCACGUCGUCUCGGUCUGUCUUCCGCACACGCAAAGAUCAUGGAUCGGAAAAGCGCAUAUGAUCGGCCAGACACUGAAGCCUGUGUACUACCGCCCCUCAAAUAACCCACAUGACGCGGACGAGGGCUCGACGCACACGAGACCGCACGCUGGGGACGACCAAGAGGAAUGGGUGCUCAUCGACGGGACACCUGCGAGCUGCGUACAAAUUGGGCUCCACCACUUCUUCCAAGAGCGAGGACCGAUCGAUCUUGUCGUGAGCGGGCCAAACUAUGGACGAAAUACAACGGCAGUGUUUGCCUUGAGCUCAGGGACGCUGGGUGCAGCACUCGAGGCAGCGGUGUGCUGCCGCAAGUCCAUUGCGCUGUCGUUUGCCUUCUUUACGCGGAAUCAUGACCCGCAGAUUAUCGACGAAGCGUGUCGGCACAGUGUCAAGGUGAUCCACGCUUUGUACAAGCAGUGGCCUGAGGACAGGAGCGUCGAUUUGUACAGCGUGAACGUGCCGUUGGUUGAAGGCGUCGAAGGUCACAAGACGGUAUUCACCGAAGUCCUACAGAACUACUGGCGAGAUGGCAGCUGCUUCCAGGAGGCAGAAGCUGAAGAUGAAGACGAACAAGAGGAGGAGAUCCGCAAGGGUGAGGUGGAAGGGAACAGACGCGAGGAAAAUGGCAAGGGCCACAAGCACAAGCACUUCAAGUGGGCCCCCCGGUUCACUGACGUUUACAAGAGCGUCGAGGAGUCAGGCCCAGGCAAUGACGGCUGGGUUGUCAAGGAGGGCCAGACCAGCAUCACUCCACUCAAGGCCAAUUUUGCCAGUGCUCUUGGGGAUAAGUCUCGAGAGUUGGUACUGAGCAAGGUUCAAGAGCCAUCUGUUGAGGCAAUCGUGGCGUAUGACGACCCAUAUGUCCAACCACUAAUUGUGUCGGCGCUCAAAAAGACAUUUCCACGGGAUACCGUCCGCAUAAGCGAGGCCCUUCCGUCGUCUUUCCGCUCUGCGACGAAGAUUGUCGCUAUCACUGCCUACGAAACUAUCGACUUUGAACACGCCGCAGCCAACCCGCGCGACUUUCUCAUCAACAGCUACAUGAUUCGCAAAGCGCUGAUACGAAAGCAUUUUUUGUCCACGACGAUUGACCAUUGGACUGCCAAGAACCCAGACUCGAUCCUCAAACGCUCUUUCAAGCGGAGUGAGCAUUUCGAGGUGGACUAUGCCGAGUUCCUCGACGAUGCCCUCAUUGAAGCGUUCGAUCUGAGAGAGAGUAUGGAGAGCAACGAAGAAAAGGACAUUAAGGACAGAGAAUGGUGGAUACUGAAACCUGGCAUGAGUGACAGAGGGCAGGGAAUCAAGCUCUUUAGCUCCAUGGAUGAACUGCAGGGUAUCUUCGACAAGUGGGAGGAGGACCGACCAGAUUCUGACGAUGAGGAAGACAAAGACGAGGAGCAAGAAGGGAAAGGUGACUAUAUCACCACCUCCCACUUGCGGCACUUUGUUGCCCAACCGUAUAUCCACCCGCCUCUUCUGCUCCCAGGCGACGAUCGGAAGUUUCAUAUCAGAACCUACGUUUGCUGCGUGGGGGCGCUUCAAGUCUACGUCUACCAGGACAUGCUGGCACUAUUCGCAGCAAAGUCAUACAAGGCCCCCUACGAGGAGUCCGACGACAUUGAGACCUUCCUCACGAAUACCUGUCUCCAGUCGUCGCCAAAAGCGAACACCGUCCAGCUCCUGUCCUCCUUGCCACUAGACAAGUCAACACUGGAAUCGAUCACAAAGCAAAUUGGCGAGAUCACUGGCGAGCUGUUUGAAGCAGCGGCCCGGGCUAUGCCAAUCCACUUUCAGCCCAUGCCUAAUGCUUUUGAAGUUUUUGGGCUGGACUAUUUGGUCGACAGCAACGGCUGUGUCUGGGGAUUGGAGGUGAAUGCCUUCCCUGACUUUCGGCAGACGGGAGGCGAGCUCAAAGGGGUUGUGGAGGGUUUCUGGGAAGGGGUGGUGAACAAGGCGGUGAAGCCUUUCUUUGGAAUAGACCGGGGACCGGCUGAUAAGCUAACGUUGCUGCCGUCCAACAUGUCUCAAACUCCUCCACGUAGCGGCAGUGGGUCUACGAAACGUGCGACUUUACCCAGCGGUCAACCUUCACAACAGAGCAACAAGACGACGCCCGAGCUCCACAUCCGGACAGACCUCAGUCGAGACAGCGAGGCGGACGCUGGUGCGUCGACCGCCGCAGGAGCUGAAGACAACGGCCGAGCAAACAGGCAUCUGGAGGUCCCUUCAGCCCAUGGAAGCUCUCGCCGAGAUAACAGGUCCAGCGGCCAGGGUUCCGCCAGCCCUAGGUCAGAUGGACAAUCAAGUACGUCGCCUCGCCAUCCGCAGCAGCCGAGCGAGACGAGUGGAUGCUCUUCGAGGGAUGGACUCGCCGCCAUUGAGGCUGAUAGAAUAAUGUCUGAUCACGACGCACUACGACCCGAUCGUGGUGCCGAGAACGCCUUCUUCGUUCAAAACAACCCCUUUGCCUUCUCACCAGGUCAACUUGCCAAGAUGUACGACCCAAAGAGUCUUGCGGCAUUCUAUGCACUCGGAGGCUUGACAGGUCUGGAGAAGGGACUGCGCACCAACCGCAAGCUUGGCCUCGAUCCAGGCGAGACGCUCCUCCGCGGCAACGUGACAUUCGAGGAAGCGACAAAAGCGGGCAGUAAGACGUCCUACAACGCUAAUAGCGCGAAGGCUCCCGUCGGCGGUGAUGCGCAGCCUUUCGAGGACCGACUACGCGUGUACAGUGACAAUCGGGUCCCUGCACGUCAAGGCCAGAGCUUCCUCAGUCUGGUGGCAGACGCGUUCAAGGACAAAAUGAUCAUCAUGCUCUGUAUUGCUGCUACCAUCAGCUUGGGCAUUGGAGUCUACAUGACCAUCAUGGAGAAGAAAGAAGGUGGUGACAAGGCCCCAAGCAGAGGCGAUGACAGAGAGGAGAAGGUCGAAUGGAUCGAGGGCGUGGCGAUCCUCGUUGUUGUGGCUCUCUGCGUGCUUGUCCAGGCAGUCGUAGACUGGAGGAAGGAGAAGCGUUUUGCUGAACUCAACCAGAAAGAGCAGGACAGGACUGUCAAAGUUGUGCGCGACGGAGAGACGGUCGAGAUCUCCAUCCAUACGCUCAUGGCUGGUGACGUGGUGCAACUUGAGCCAGGAGAUGUCAUUCCCGCCGACGGUGUACUCAUCCAGGGGUUCAACAUCAAGUGCGACGAAUCGCAAGCGACGGGCGAGUCGGACCUCAUUCGCAAGCAAUCCGCUGAUGAAGUCUUCUCCGCCAUCGAACGUCGGAGCCGCCUUCAGAAGAUGGACCCCUUUAUCCUGUCAGGCGCCAUCAUCAACGAAGGUGUGGGUACGUAUCUCGUCACUUCGACCGGUGUGCAUUCCUCUUACGGCAAGAUCAUCAUGAGUCUCAAUGUCGAGCAGGAAAUGACGCCGUUACAACAUAAGUUGGGAUACAUUGCUCAAUGGAUCGCCAAGCUCGGUGCUUUUGUUGCCGUGGCGUUGUUCAUUAUCUUGAUGACGCGGUUCUUCUUGAACCUCAGAAGCACAAACACAGAUAUCAAAGCCGACGAGGCCUUCAAAAAAGCGAUUGACAUACUUCUCGUCGUCGUCGUCAUUGUCGUCGUGGCGAUCCCUGAAGGCUUGCCUCUUUCGGUAACUUUGGCGCUCGCGUACGCAAUGAUGCAAAUGCUCAAGGACAACAAUCUCUGCCGGCAUCUCAAAUCGUGCGAGGUGAUGGGAAGUGCCACCACCAUUUGUUCCGACAAGACUGGCACCUUGACGCAGAAUAAAAUGACCGUCGUUGCUGGCACUGUGGGCAUCAGUCAUGACUUCGAGGAGCAUGGUGACUCUGAAGGACCAACGGAAAGACCCGAAUCGGCAAAGGACUGUCUGAGCGAGAUCAGUCAGUCUAUCCGGGACCUUUUGAAGGACUCCAUUGCUCGAAAUUCAACAGCUCGGGAAACCUUGGACGACGAUGGAAAUGUCCAAUUUGUAGGGUCCAAGACGGAAACGGCGCUGCUCAUGUUCGCCCAGGAACACCUCAGCAUGCAACGUGUGAACAAGGAGCGGGAGGCAGCCAAAGUGCUGCAUCUCAUACCCUUUGACUCUGGACGCAAGUUGAUGGGAACUGUUGUGGAGCUCCCACAUGGCGAGGGGAGCCGUCUCUACGUCAAAGGUGCUUCUGAGAUCAUCCUCGAUCACUGUGGCCAGAUUCUGCGCGAGCCGCGCGAGAACGUGGAUACAUCUCUAGGUCCACUGUCUGACGACGACGUGGCCGAAGUCCAUGAUCACAUCAAUGACUAUGCCAGUCGCUCACUACGAACCAUCGGGAUUGCGUAUCGCGAUUUCGAGAGCUGGCCCCCGAGCGGCGCCAAAACUACGUCAGAUGGCGAUCUCGACGUCGAUGACCUUUUGCAGGACCUGUGUUUCGUGUCGCUGGUGGGUAUCCAGGAUCCCCUCAGGCCAGGUGUGCCCGAGGCUAUUGCCAAGUGCCAGAAAGCUGGCGUUUCUGUACGCAUGGUGACUGGUGACAAUAAGCUCACGGCGCGUGCUAUUGCUUCUGAGUGCGGCCUCCUCCAAAAGGAUGGCAUUGUGAUGGAGGGGCCCGAGUUCCGAAACCUGACAGCCGAUGAGCAGAAGGACGUCCUACCGCGCCUGCAGGUGCUUUCCCGUUCCAGUCCGGAGGAUAAACGCGUCUUGGUGAUUAGGCUCAAAGAGAUAGGCGAGGUCGUUGCUGUGACUGGAGACGGAACCAACGAUGCACCUGCUCUCAUCAACGCCGAUGUUGGUUUCUCCAUGGGCAAGUCUGGGACUGACGUGGCCAAGCAAGCUUCUGCCAUUGUGCUCCUCGAUGACAACUUUGUGAGCAUCGUGCAGGCUCUGAAAUGGGGGCGGUCUGUCAACGACGCAGUCAAGAAGUUCCUCCAAUUCCAGCUCACGGUCAACUUGACGGCACUGGCGGUGGCCUUUAUCACGGCGGUGGCCAGCGAGAGACAGAAGUCGGUCUUGACCACCUUGCAGCUUCUUUGGGUGAACAUGAUCAUGGACACAUUUGCCGCGCUGGCUCUUGCGACAGACAAGCCCGAGGAUGAUAUCUUGGACAGACAACCCGAGUCGCGAAAGGCGUUUGUUGUUACGCCGACAAUGGGCAAGAUGAUCCUCUUCCAAGGAAUAUACCAGCUAUGUGUCGCUCUUCCAGCGUACUUUUGCGACAACUUUAUGGACCUCCAGUUUGGGGAAGGGCAAAAGGCAGCCUUUGUCUUCAACACGUUUGUAUGGUUGCAAAUCUUCAACCAGUGGAACAACCGCCGCCUCGACAACAAGUUCAACAUCUUUGCAGGCGCCCACAGAAACUUUUAUCUUCUCGGAAUCAAUGGAGUCAUGAUCAUUGGACAAGUCGCCAUCAUGCUGUUGGGCAAGGGUAUACUGUACCAAGGCGAGCCGCAGACGCUGGAGAUGUGGGCGGUGACUCUAACGUUUGGUGCCUUGUCGCUGCCGGUUGGCAUGGUCAUCCGACUGAUUCCCGAUAGGUGGUUCAUGUCCCUGGUCGGUGGCCUCGGCUGGUUGUUGCCGACGACGGUGAAGGAGCGUGCGAAGAAGUCUGCGGGCGCGCAAACCACGGAUGAAGAGAUUGGCAUGUACCCUCACGCGUUGGUCGAGAUACACGACGAGCUCAAGUUUUUGAAGCGCUGGCGGGGUGGUCGCCUCCGCAGUCUGAAUGCUGCCAUCCACCAUCCGCGCGAAGCAUUGCGAGUGGCCUGGAGUCCAGCGACGCCACCGAGCCCCGUGCUCUCAGGCGAGGAGGACGAGACAAACAGGCGACGAUCCAGGUCGAGAACGAAUACCACGCUAGGAGCGCCCACGGCGAUGGCGGGCAUCGUGGCUGCUGGCAUCGGUAUGGGGUGGUCGCCCGUCGAAGGGUCUCCGCGCCCCUUGGAGAGGAAGAAGUCGGGCGGAAGUCAGCUAGCGAGUCCGAGUGAUAAUAGCCCAGGUGUCAGUGAUCGCGUUGGCUCGUGA